GGUCCUCCCUCCAAAGCUGUCGGACUCUCUUCCUAACAUCCUCUUUGCGGGAAGGAAGGGACGCUUUCUCUCCCUGCAGGCUGUCUGCAAGCCCUCGCCGCCGAAGUAGAUCCCUGCAGCGAUGGGUUUCAAUUCAGCUUUGUGGGCAACAAGAGAGAAAAUAUAAAAAUCGAAGCUCUUUAGUUGUGCAAGGAUGGAUGAAAAUGAGAAGAUGCAGAGCCACCUCGCAUCUGCAACAGCUUUUGUAAAAGGAGGCGUGCAAGAUGUUUGUGAUGAUGCAUUCAACAUAUAUAUUGAAGCUUUUUGUGAUAGCGACCUGUCAACAGUGACAGAUUGCAAGCAUGAAUUCCAUCUCCAAUGCAUUUUAGAGUGGUGCCAAAGGAGCUCUCAGUGCCCUAUGUGUUGGCGGCCUAUAAACUUGAAGGAUUCUGCUAGCCAAGAACUUCUUGAAGUUGUAGAGAAAAAAAGGGAAAUUAGGGUUAGGGUUAAUCAAACUCAAAACACAGUAAUUUUUUACCACCCUGCACCUGUAGAGUUUGAAUUGCAACAUUUACGAGUUGGCGCAACUAAGAGUGAACUUGAAGAACGUAUAAUUCAACACUUGGCAGCUGCUGCACCCAUGGGUAGAGCCCAUCAUAUUGCCAGAAGAGAAAGGCAGCGAGUUAGGUCAACAACUCAUGGAUGACCCUAG